GCCAAACUUCGCUACUCCGAGAAUGACUUAAGGAAAAUUCAUCUUUCAUCUGUGGUACUACAGCUACGGGGAACUUAAAUCUGAUAAAGAUCGUAUUGGGGUUGUGUGUGUAAGCGGAGAGAAAACAGUGACAAUAACAAAUAUCAAAGUAAAUACAUCAGGCGCCGGCGACAGCAGAGAGCGCGUGCGGCCUUACUAUGCCGAUUUUACUUUCGAUAGCUCCUGCCAAAGAACAAAUGAGGAGUAUGCUACUCAAGAAAAGGUCUUCGAAAGUAUUGGCGAAGGAGUGCUGGCUAGUAUGUCACAAGGCUUGUCUGCGUGCGUGCUUGCUUACGGCCAGAGUGCAACUGGCAAGACUUACACCAUGAUGGGAACAGAUUACAAUCCUGGUUUGGUACCAAGACUUUGUCGUGCUCUCGGCGAUGACCAGCCCGUUGAUAUUAAAGUCAGUUUCCUGGAGAUAUACAACGAGCGAGUGCACGAUUUAUUGGCGGGUGACGUCAUCCCAGCUGUGGACACCUUCGGCUCCUUGCCACGGCGCAAGGGGAACGCCCGCAAGGACUUGCGAGUCAGGGAACAUCCUACCAAAGGACCCUACGUACAAAACCUCCGUCGCGUGUGCGUGCGCGACGUGGACGCUCUGUUGUCGCUGGUGUGCGAGGGCGCAAAGCGGCGGCGCACGGCGGCCACGCGGCGCAACCCUGUCUCCUCGCGCUCACACGCCUUGCUGCAGCUCACCACGCCACGAGCCACGCUACAUUUAGCUGAUUUAGCUGGCAGUGAAAAAGCAAGCUGGGAGGGUUGUGGCGGAGGACGACAAAAGGAAGGGGCAAACAUUAAUAAAUCUUUAGUUGCACUCAGUAAUGUUAUUUCAGCGCUAGUGAACGGUGGAAAUGGAAGAAGUAAAUUCGUGCCGUAUCGAGACUCUGCACUAACGUGGCUAUUGAAAGACUGUUUUACCGGCGGCGGCAGCAUUUUUAUUAUUGCUAACGAUACUACUAUCUUUACUGUCAAGGUCUUUAUGAUUGAAAGCGCAUGA